AUGUAUGCGGACAAGGGUAGUUACUACCCGCGUAUUGCCGUCUGCACGGCUUUCCGCCAGUCCACAGUGGACCCCCAGGUCCGCUUGUUCCAGCUACUGCAGUUCCUGCGGAUGUCAAUAUCUGAAUUCUCAACUCAUCUCUAUCCCCGUCUCUGCCUCUUGCACAAGUCCUACCUGCAGCCGUCCGGCAGCAAAGAACGCAAGGCCCUCGAUCGGCUUUUUGGAUUCGAUGCACAACUUGACGAGCGCUCAACGGCCGAGCUUCGCCUUCAAAAUGUUGAAGGAACAGCGGGAGAGAGAAUCCUUCGCGUCGUUGAGCAAAUUCGUUUUGAAAAGUUUGACGCCCCUUUCAUCCCCUUGCGGAUCGUCGCGCCGAAGUAA